CUGCGGCUCUGUGUGGGGCGUUCAUCACCGCCACAGCUCUUCGCAUCCAAGAGUGACUUUCUCGCCUCCCCAUUUCUGUCGGUUCCACGCAGUUUCCACGGGACUCACGUCAUCGCGGGGAGAAACGCGGACAAUCGCAGCAAACAGCCAAACACCCGUCAGGUUUCCGUUCCAGCGGCAUCGUGUUGUCACUGUUGCUGGACGCAGACAUUUUGUAAUUCCUAUUUUUCCCUUUGAAACUUGUCUGUCGGCGUGUUGUGAGGUGGCUGCUGCUGCUGCGACUGACCUCCUCUCACAGCGUUUAGUCGUGUCCGCGUCGCUGCCGCUGGAGCGUCACAGGCGGUAAACUCGCAGCAGCGAUGAAUCAUUUUGAGUGACAGCUUUUGGAGAAUUAGCUUAGCGGUGGGGCUGCUGGUGAUUUCCUGCCCACAGCCUCAGCAAACACCGGGGUCUGCUCGUUCCAGCGCGAGAAGACGCCGACUUGUAUCUUUCAAACGUCGGCGAAGUGAGUCGGUUAUCUCCUAGUUUUGUUUUUUUGGGGGCGGCGGUCGCUAACCACCGUUAGCAUUUUUCGCCUGCUAACGCUGGACAGCUCCAUUUUUUUAAGGUUGAGCUAGCUUUGGACAAAGGACCAACACAAGGAGAAAUUGUCGAGUGUCAUUCAUCGUGUCGAGGAAGGAAAGCACCGAAAACAAGGAACUGACAUGAUGUUUCCACAAUCAAGACACUCAGCUUCAUCACAGCAGCUGAAAUUCACAACCUCUGACUCCUGUGACAGGAUCAAGGAUGAGUUCCAGUUCCUCCAAGCACAAUACCACAGUUUGAAACUCGAGUGUGACAAGUUGGCCAGUGAGAAGUCGGAGAUGCAACGUCAUUAUAUCAUGUACUACGAGAUGUCCUAUGGGCUCAACAUCGAGAUGCACAAACAGGCUGAGAUUGUAAAGAGAUUGAACGGGAUAUGUGCCCAAGUCCUGCCCUACCUGUCUCAGGAGCACCAGCAGCAGGUCCUGGCUGCCAUCGAGCGGGCCAAGCAGGUCACCCCCCCUGAGAUGAACUCCAUCAUAAGGCAGCAGCUCCAGGCUCACCAGCUGUCUCAGCUUCAGGGCCUCGCCCUGCCCAUGACCCCUCUGCCGCUGGGCCUGAGCCAGCCAACCCUUCCUGCCGUCACCACCUCCUCUGGGCUCUUCUCCCUCUCCUCCCUUCUGGCAUCUCAAGCCCAGCUGGCCAAAGAGGAGAAGGCUUCGCGUGACGGAGUGGACAGCCACCGCGAGGAGGACGGAGAGAAGUCCGACUAGAGGACGUCGUCAUUCAGCGGUUUUUAUGGAGAGAGAUCUUAGCCCCUUUGGCCUACAGCUUCUCCUCUGCCCUCUGCUUAACUCUCCUCUUCACACAUCACCUCCAACUGCCGACACUUCAAUAUUGUACUUGGUCUUUAAACCGCUCUGCGUCCAGACGCCUGCUGGUGCACUGGGCCCUGGACUUAUCUGUCUCCACAUCCUUGUUCUCUCUUCACUCUGUCACCAGUUCAGUUUUUGUCUUUCUCACCUUCUCUGCGUUCACGUCUGUCUCCAUGUGCCAGGACCUCUGUGGUACACUGGGGCUGCAGGAGCCUCACUAGCUUUGUGUCUGUCAGAAGCUGCACGUGAGUGGAGGAGGAAGCUUAUAUAUUUCUUAACUAGUGGAAGAGAGGAACGUCUUUAGAACCACCUUAUGUGUGUUCCAAAAAUGCUUUAUAUAACCAGGGGAAGCAACACAUCUGAAUUCAAAUGUUUGUAGAAGCACCUUCUUGCAGAAACCUUCAUGUCAGACUAGCUAGUGGCCCCAUUUUACCUUGACUGCUAAAUCCUCCAGCACCUUCAUAUAAAAGCAACAAUUUCAUCAGGAGCUCACACAGCACUUACAGAUGGUGCAGUGUGCGUGUGUCUGACGAUAGAGGGCAGUGUGCAGCCUUCUAAAAAGUAACAUCCUUCUGGCUGGGUUUAAGCCUGAGCCUCAUGACAUCUCUGUGACAGAGCACAGGCGGAGGAACGACUCAUUUAUCCGCCCAGUGUGCACAAAGUUAAUAAACACAGAAAAGACUGCUGACAUUAAUCUCUGCACGCCGUCAGAACCGGUCCACACAUUUGUCACUGUUUUGGAAAGCAUCUUUGCAUGUGAGGAGAACGGACUGCUGCUCUGCUGCUAGAAGUUUGUCGCCAGAUUUCAUACACGUCCACUGGAUCAUGGGUGGCAGUGCUGAGGAAGCACAUGAGGAAACCUCUGAUGGGCUGUCUGGAUCUCAGCAGCUACCAAUGUUUGAUUCUAAUGCUUUAAAGCCAGUAUUUCAACAAAAAAAACGAGCGUAGUAGUUUCAACUGCCUUUACAUUCCUUACUCGGACUGUAAGGACUUUCAAUUACAGUCCAGCUUCUAGCAAGCUUGUCAGAAAGUGACUUUGAGUAGUCGGAAUAUCACUACUGUAGAUGAUCUCCAGCACCUGUGGUAGCCGCAGCUAACCACUGGCGCUGUAGCUUCUGUCUGAAAGUGCAGUGGUGUUUUGUGUGGCGCCAUGACAGCAUGGCUGGAUGCAUUAAGCAAACCAUUCUUCUUUGUUCUGACAGGGGAAGUGAAGUAAAUAAAACACACACAGAGCUAUUACCUAGUUGACAGACAUAAACAUGCUCCCUCGUCCAUAGAAACGUGUCCCUCUGUUUAUGCCAACGUAGUUAUCACAGCCUCUGCCAGCGUGACUGACGGUGCAGUCCUUCAGGGCCCAAUACCAGCUUGACACAUCUGUAGUUAACUGCAGACUGGGACCCAAGUUUAGCCACGUCGCGUGAUUCUCCUUUGUUCCUGUCAUCUUCAUUCAUCUCUCGCACAGUCGGAACUGAAACCAUGCCACCGAAACGUAACAACCAAAUGAGUGGGGGAUUCUCUGAGUCUGAGUUGUGCGUGUCGACGCUUAGAUGAAGCCCUCUCUGAAGCUACCGUGAUGAUCUGCUUGUGUAUUGCGCUGCAUCCCAUCCUGCUAGGUUGUAGACCAAUCCUGACGCACACUCAGAAGCAUGCCUGUGGGGAAACCAAGAUGGAUUUGUUACGCUUGUUUUCUAGAAUGUUUUGUAAGUAACGCACUUGUGUUAUUUCCUUUAAGUCAUCAUCAAUUAGAGACUGAGAAUUAUAAGGCUAUCCACAUGAAUAAUGGACUCGUAUGUGUAUGUUGAAGUGUGGGCGUGGCCUCCACAUUAUUCGGCUGCAUCAUCUUGUUUGUUCUGGACGACUCUUGUGUGAUGUUGUGUUACUGAUGUGACACCAGAGGGAACUGCAGUAAUUUGACCUUUCUUCUCUCUGAUCCAUUCCCUCUGCUCACCCCACCCCACACCCCCCAACAUUCCGCCCCCCUCUUUAGCGUGAAGCAUUGUAAGCGUUUUUGAGCUUUGUAAAGUUCUUCUUUUUUAAAUACAUAUUUUGUGUAUAAUGUAAAACCUGGAAGUGUGUACUUUGGCAAAAUGUUUUGUGUCCAACAUCAUAGCUUUGUUAAACAACAAAAAAGUGAAUAUAAAAAGUACAACAGACAUUUAAUAUAAAUAAUAUGAAAUGUUCUGCAGUAAGGAAGGACUUCAGGUGCCUUACAAAUAAAGUCAAUCAAACGA